GAGAAAGUCGAAAAGAAGGAAGGUGUUGAGCACAUUAAUAUUAAAGUUGUUGGAAGCGAUGCUAAUGAAGUUUUCUUCAAAAUCAAACGUACUACGCAACUCAGAAAAUUAAUGGAUGCUUAUUGUGAACGUCAAGGUAAACAACCUGGAUCUGUUCGUUUCUUAUAUGACGGUACUCGUGUUUUACCUAACAAUACACCUCAAGAGUUGGAUAUGGAGGAUGGAGACACUAUCGAUGUGAUGGUUGAGCAAAUUGGUGGU